AUGUCAUCCACAACCUCCGACACUGCGCACCCCGCAGUCGACAACUCUCUUGACGACAUCUUCGGUUCCUCCCCACCACGCGAGACCAGAGAAAUACCUACGCACACAGAAUCACACAGAGAAGCUUUAAACUCAGGCUCUGUCGAACCCUCCGAUCUCCCGUCACUGCGCCGCCAACACGUUACCGCAGGCUACCGAGACGGCAUCUCCGUAUCGAAGGGCGAACGAGUACAAGAUGGAUUCGACGCCGGGUUCCCGGUUGGCGCGCAACUGGGUAUGCGAGCAGGUACAAUUCUGGGUAUCCUCGAAGGAAUCAACCGUGGCCUUGAAGACCGAAGUGCGUCUAGCAAAGUGAAGAAACCCACCGCGCGGGGUAGUACGCGUGAAGAAAAAACGCGUGUCUCGGAAAGCGAUUCCAACCGGGAACUUCGCACAAAGAUUCUACAAAUGUACCAGGAAGCAGCCAAGGCAUUAGAUGUUCAAGCUGUGUUUACAGGAUUCGAAGCUGCCCCUGCUUCCGGAUCCCGAGUUGAUACAGACUCCGGCGAGGUCCAAAAUCGGGAUGAAGAAGCAGGGGAGAAGCCUGAGACCCAGUUAUCUAAGAAGGGAGAUGUCGUAAUUCAGAAAUGGGAGGAGAAGCUUGCUGUUCCACAAUGGGAGAAGAAUAUGGAGGCCUUGGAGAUGAAGGAGAGUCAGGAUGGAGACAAGGGCGCCGCGGGGGAGCGGAGUUGA